AUGCCUCAACGAGAGGAGAACCGUGGCCCGUUAAACCAGAUAUCCUUGCGUGAGUUUGAACACACUCAGAAGUAUCCAGAAGAGAAGAUAAUAAGACUCGGAAUUGGUGACACGACAGAACCUAUACCAGACAUCAUAACAUCAGCUAUGGCUGAGUAUGCACGUGGUCUGUCGACAGUAAGUGGUUAUAGAGGAUACGGAGCUGAACAAGGCAACAAGGAAUUAAGGCAGGCAAUUGCACACAGAUUCUACAGAGAUGUGGGCGUGAAAGGGGACGAGAUUUUUGUAUCUGAUGGUGCGCAAUGUGACAUCUCACGCCUUCAGGCAUAUGUAGAUACAAGUGUUAUAAUUGGUCAAGCAGGGAAGUUCCAUGAUGAAACUGGGAAGUAUGGAGGAAUUGUGUACAUGAAUUGUCGACCAGAAAACAACUUUUUUCCUGACUUAUCAAAAAUGCCAAGGACAGAUGUUAUUUUUUUCUGCUCGCCAAACAACCCGACUGGUAAUGCUGCAACAAGGCUGCAACUGAAGCAACUAGUGGAGUUUGCGAAGGCAAAUGGAUCCAUGAUUGUUUAUGACUCUGCAUAUGCUGCUUAUAUCACAGAUGGAUGCCCAAAAUCAAUCUUUGAAAUUCCCGGUGCCAAAGAAGUUGCAAUUGAAGUUUCAUCAUUCUCCAAAUUUGCUGGAUUCACAGGCAUUCGCCUUGGUUGGACUGCGGUCCCCAAAGAGCUAAAAUAUUCAAAUGGAUUUCCUGUCAUUAUGGAUUUUAACCGUUUGGCGUGCACCUGUUUCAAUGGCGCAUCCAGCAUUGCUCAGGCUGGUGGGCUAGCAUGCCUUUCCUUGCAGGGUUACAUGGCCUUAAAUUCUGUGGUUGGCUACUAUAUGAAGAAUGCCAAAAUAAUUCGCGAAGCAUUUGAGUCGCUUGGAUUGAAGGUAUAUGGAGGUAAAAAUGCACCAUAUAUAUGGGUUCAUUUUCCGGGCUCAAGCUCAUGGGAUGUAUUUGCUGAGAUUCUUGAAAGAGCACACAUAUUAACUGUUCCUGGCAUAGGAUUUGGUCCAGGAGGUGAAGAGUUUAUUAGAGUUAGCGCGUUUGGACACACAGAAUGUAUAUUAGAAGCUUCUAGAAGACUGAAAAGCCUCUAG